AUGAGGGUACCCAGAAAACAUCAUAGGAAGGACUCUGUCGGGGGUCAACAAUCGGCCCUUUCACAAGACAUAAGAUAUGCUGAAGCAAAGAAAAAGGCAGGAAAGCGAAACUAUUUUUUAGAGUACCUGCAUCAACACAGUAGCUCUGAUGAUUCCAAUGAACUACAAACUGAAUUUUAUGUAAAAGGAAAGAUUGUGUGUAGGGAAGCAUGGCUUCUUGCACACAAUUUAAAUAAGGAAACCUUUAGACGAAUUUGGGGAAAAUUUAAAGAUGGUGCAAAUGUGCUGGAGCAUGGGAAUAAAGGAAGGAAGUCAAUCACUAGCAAGACUGCAGAUUGCAUUGCCUGGUUGCAGUUUUUUGUUAGCUGUGUAGGGGACCACCAACCAGACAAUGGUGGCAUCCAUUUACCAACAUGCUUUACUAAAAGUGACAUUUACAAAAAAAUGCUGGAGGAAAAUAAAGCACUCAGUCAGCCAACAGUAUCCCUUUCUCAUUUUUAUGGCCUAUGGGAAAGGAAUUUUCUUCAUGUCACCAUUCCCAAGGAAAAUCGCUUUACAAAAUGCACAGACUGCACAAAAUACAAGCAGGAGAAAGAGAAAACUGUGGACAAAGCCAGAAGGGCUGAAAUUGAUCACUUGCUGAAGCUUCAUCUUGAUUUAGUCUGGCAGGAAAGGAGGGUGUACUAUCUUCACAGGUAUAAAGCCAGGAGGUACCCAUCAAAGUAUGUGGCAAAUAUUGCUGAUGGUAUGGACCAACACACCACAAAUGUCCCAAGUGUGCGCCGAAUUACCAAGGCAAUGUCUGCACUUCCCUUGGUUACGACUGUGGGAACACACCUUGUUGGUUCCAUUAUUCACAACGGACAAGCACAAAAUGGAAAGGAGAUUUAUGGGUCAUUUGACUACUACCAGUAUCCUCAUGACUCUAAUCUUACCAUGACAGUUCUGUUGGAAGUCCUUGUAAGAUGGUCGGAGGAAUUUGACCUACCACCCAUUCUCUAUCUGCAGUUUGACAACUGUGUUAGAGAAAACAAGAACCGCUACAUGUUUGCUCUAUUGGCACUUCUGGUUGAAGAGAAAAUUUUUGAAAAAAUAAGAGUUAACUUUCUCCCAGUGGGACAUACCCAUGAGGACAUAGAUGCCUUUUUUGGGGUUUAUUCAAAGCACUUAGACAAACUGGAUGUUUACACAGUCACAGAAUUACUGAAGGCACUGGAAACAUGCAUGAAGAAUCCAACACCCAAGCCCUAUAUGCUCAAGAUGGUUUAUGACAUAAAAUCAUGGAUAAGUGAUUAUUGUGAGGAGUUACAUGAACACACAGUUCCAAAGUGCUUUAAAUUUACAUUGAAUGAAGAUGGAAAAGCAGUUAUGCACUACAGAAAUUGGAGCCAUGAGCCAUGGAAAGAGCCCAUUGCAAUGCUGAAGAGUUUACCCUCUGGAAAGCCAAAUACUGUGACUCCUUCCCUACAUAAACUGGACAUGGAGGGAUUGAAGAGAGAUAUUCCCACCAAAUAUCCCAAGAAUAUGCCCUUAAAAGCAUCUGAAGAGUGGGAAUCCUGGUUAGCAAAUACAGAGUUUAAUCUAUUAUCAGUACCUGACAACUACACUUGGCCAGUGGAUAAAUUGAAGAAUACUUCAAGGACUGUUUUAGCCUCAAAUGCUGAACUCCCUCAUGAACUUUUAGAGCUCAGAGAGAAAGAGAUCCAGCCUAUCACAGAGAUUUACACAGGCCGUUACAGGACCCCGAGUGUAAACAUAUCAGGUCUGCGGUUAUAG